AUGACUACCCAGGCGGGGGUGGCUCUGUCUGAAGCAUCCCCUCAGCGAAAGCCCCGGCCCCAGCGCCUCCGGGAAUGUCACGCCGUCGGCGCCCCCGCCCAGGCCCGCUACCCCCCCGGGGCCAAAGUUGUUAUAUCGGCGCCGCUGUCGAGGGGCUCUCUCUUCUGGCUAGCGGGGCGGAGGAAUCACCGUCCGCAGUGCCCCCACCGAAAGUCUCCCCCCCUCCCCAAGUGCCGGGAAGGCUUGCCCCUUCGAGCCCCCCUUCGAGACCCGGGGCAAGGCGGUAAGCCAACUGGCGAGUAUCCCAAGCUCCCAUAUGCAGCCCCCCGCGGAAGGGGGAUUCUGCCUAGACUCCCUUCGGUUGAAUUCCCCCCGGCCCCGCCAGAGGCCAGACCCCCAGCCAACUGGCAAACAUCUACCCCCGCCAAAUCGCCGGCCUCAAAGCCUCAGUGGCGCCCAGGGCCCAUCAUGUUGCCGGCGUGCCACCCCCCUGCCAACCGCCCCCUCUCGAAAGCGCCGGCUCCAAGCCCUCCUCUCCCCCCAGUGGUGCCCGCCGACACCCCCCUUCCACGUGGUCAGCAUGCCAUUCCUUCGCUCCCAUGGCCGUUGAACCAACUGGCUAGCAUACUUGCCGCACAGAUACGGGCUCGAGGCCCGUCAUCCGGCUUCCCCCUCCAAGCGCCCGGCGCUGCCGGAUCAAUUGAUGGGGAGGUGUAA